ACACGGAUCUCUUUCUUUUUCCCCGGCCUGCCUCGGAGUCCGCGCCGCCCGCCGCGUGCCCGAGAUGCUGUCCGCCAGGCCGAGGUGAGUGAGAAUUCAGACGACACCCCCUGAGGCCCUGACUGGCUACUUGGCACGCGCGCGCCUCCUUCUUCUAUAGUAGAAUCGAUCCUUCUUUCCCGGCUCGGCUCGGGGAGUCGGGGAUCCUCUCCGUCUGUUGCCACUGCGUCUAUCCGGCUCCUUCGAGGCCGGCCUCAGGGUCAGGGGUGCCGCCACAGCCACCGCCUCGUCGUCCGUUUCCAGAGACCGCAAGCCGUCGUCCCCUCGCCUCCACCGCAGCCGCUCAUCCGCCGGCGCCGGCGGCGGUGCCUCCAAGGCGCCCUCGUCACCGGAGGUAUUCCCUUACUGCACCGCCCUGCCUUUCUGCUUUUGUCGCCAUCUCUCACGUUACGUUACGCACGAAGCCGGCGGCUUUGGAAUGGAGUGAUCACCGAUCAGGGGCGCCGGCCGAGGCGGCGCGGCGUUGGCGGCAUGGGCGCGAUGCAGCAGCAGCAGCGGGUGGCGCAGCUGGAGGAGGAGCUCCGGCGGGAGCGGGAGGACAAGGCGCGAGCCGUGAGGGAGCUCGAUGACCUGAGGCGGGGACGCGAGGACGGCGCCAGGGCCGUCGCGGAGAAGGUGCAGCUUCUGGAGCGGGAGGUGGGCAAGUCCAAGGAGUCGGAGCGCAAGAUGCUGGAGUCGCUGAUAUACCAGACGAAGCAGCUGGAGCAGACCAAGAUCUCGCUCGAGGAGGCCAAGCUGGAGAUCGCCACGCUGCAGCAGGCCAACAAGAGCCUCGAGGCCGCGUCCGCGUCCGCCCGAGGCCGCGGCGGCGGCGGCGUGGAGCAGCAGAGGACGAGCGUCAAGGACCUCAUGUUCGGCGGCGCGGACGAGGAGAUCAGGGUCCUGCGCGGCGAGCUCCGCACGGCGAUGCAGGGCGAGGAGCGGAGCCGCAAGGCGGCGGACGACCUCUCCGUCGCGCUCUCCGACGUCACCAUGGAGGCCAAACAGGUCAAGGUGUGGCUCGCCGAGGCGCAGGCCGAGCUGGAGGCCGCCAACGCCGAGGCCGAGCGGCUGCGCGCGGCGCUGGCCGACGCCGAGGCCGAGGUCCGCGCCGUGGCCGCCGAGCGCGACCGGUGCAGGCUCGAGGCCGACGAGUGCGUCGCGGCGUGGGGCGACAAGGAGCGCGUCUUCCUCGACUGCGUGCGCGCGUCCGAGGACGACGUGAACCGGGCGCGCCAGGAGAACACCAAGCUGGUCGAGUCGCAGCGCGUCAUCCGCGACGAGAACGCGCGACUGCGGGACAUCCUCAAGCAGGCCGUCGCCGAGGCCAACGUCGUCAAGGACUCGCUCCAGCUCGCCAGGGCCGAGAACGCGCGCCUCAACGACGCCGUCGCGGAGAAGGAGAGCGCGCUGCAGAGCCUCCGCCAGGAGUACGAGUGCAUCAAGGUCAGCGAGGCCGCGGCGCAGGGUAGCCUCAAGGAGCUCAACAGCCUCCUCGCCGCCACCACGACGACGACGACGACCACGGCGUGCAGCACGCCCGCGUCCGCCAAGACCGCCCCCGCGCCGGACUACGCCUUCGACCAGCGCCUGCCAGCAAAUGGUAUUGGCAGCAAGAACGGGACGCCGCAGUCGUCGUCGCAGCGGUGGAUGGCAGACAAGCCACGCACGCCGAGCAGCCGCCGGAGGUACUCGAUCGGCGAGCCGGGGAAGCUGAAGACGGGCCUCUCGCAGUCGGCGCGGAUGGGGAACCUGAACCCCAAGGACCGGGUGUUCGCGUCGCUGAGCAACAUUGCUGACCUCAAGUCCGCAGCAGACGCGGCGGCGAUGGAGGACUUCGACGACGAGUUCGAUCACGUCGACGAGAGGCACUACGUUGACAUGGACGAUUCCAUGAAGCACAAGAAGAAGAGGCCGAUAUUCCGCAAGUUCGGCGAUUUGUUUUGCAGGAGGAAAAGCUUCUACAAGCCAAAUUUAGCGCCAGUACACACACUCUAAUUUUUUUUUUACCCCGAUAUACUGCUUGUAGUUCUGUACUUCUCUUCGAUCUGUUCGUCUGAAUACACGAGAAAUGAAAAGUUGUUGAAUCAGAUUUGCUUC